CUAUAGCUGUCAAUUUCAUUUGCUUGUUGAAUUUCUUCUUGAAGGGACUUUGGAUGCCUCUAAGAAAGGAAAAGACUGAGCAAGGCUUUAUGCAGGGUAAACACCAAAAUUGAAACAUGUAAAGUUCUAUUAAUUAGCUUAAUUAGCUCUCUAAUUAAUUAAUUAAUUAAAGCUUUAGGAGUUAACUGAUAGAACAUGUCUAUCAUUUUGACUUGUGCACAUCUCUGAAUAUAUAUAAAAUAAAGUACAAUUAUUAUUUUUUAUUUUAAAACUUUGGAAAUCCCACUAGUCUUUUUUAUAUUAAAAGGCACCAAGCAAACCCCCACCAUAAGUUUAUGCAGAAAGUGAGACCUUUUGGGUUCUUUGUGUAAACUUUUUGGAAGAUAUUCAAGACAAGCGAUCUUGAGAGACUUCUCUUGCCAAGAAAGAGAGGGAGAGAGAGAAAUGGGAAGAGCUCCUUGUUGUGACAAGGCAAAUGUGAAGAAGGGACCUUGGUCACCAGAAGAAGACUCAAAGCUCAAGGAGUACAUAGAAAAAUUUGGGACUGGUGGGAAUUGGAUUGCUCUUCCUCAGAAAGCUGGUUUGAAGAGAUGUGGAAAGAGCUGCAGAUUGAGAUGGCUAAACUAUCUGAGGCCUAACAUUAAACAUGGUGAAUUCUCUGAUGAAGAGGAUAGGAUUAUCUGCACCCUAUUUGCUAGCAUUGGAAGCAGAUGGUCAAUUAUAGCUGCUCAGUUGCCAGGCAGAACUGAUAAUGAUAUCAAGAACUACUGGAACACCAAGCUCAGGAAGAAGCUCAUGGCUAUGGCUUCUCAAUCUCAAAGAAAACCUCUACCAUUCCCAUCUCCUCAUCAUCAUCAAUCUCCACCAUUAUCUUAUCAGUCACUCUUAUCUAUCUACAAUGACUCUUCUGCAGCAUCUUACCCUUGUUGCCCUGCCGCUACUGCUAAACCUUUCAGCCCUGGGUUUGAACCCAUUUCACCAAUCCCAUCAAAUAUUUUAGCCAACAAUAGCAGUACUCUAGCUACAAACCCAUCUUCACUUUUCCAAACCCAAGAGGGUUUGAGUCCUUUGCAAUACCAUCAUCCAGUGAAAGAAAAUAAUAAUACUAAUAAUAAUAAUGGUAGUAAUCUGCUGGUGUUUGGAAGUGAAGCAAGUUGCAGUUCUAAUUCUGAUGGGAGUUGCAGCCAGAUCAGCUAUGGAGGAGGCAGAGAGAUCAAACAAGAAGAUAUGGGAUUUCAAGGCUAUAUCUCAAAUGGGUAUGAAAAGAACCACAAAUUCAUGCUAAGUUAUGGCAACAACAGUGUUAAUGGAAGUGGGAAUUUGAACCAAUGGGCAGAGAAGGCAACUGGGUACUUUGGAGAAACCCCACCAUUGGAGUAUGAUCUUGAGGAUGUGAAGCAAUUGAUUAGCAGCAGUAGUAAUAAUAGCUGUAAUAACAACUUCCUCAUUGAUGAAAACAAGACACAAGAGAAGUUCAUGUACUACUACUGAAAUAUAUAUUGAAUGAUUUUUAUAGCGACUGACUGUAAGUAAAAUCAAGAAAAAAAGAUUUGAUGGGAUAAGGUGGAGAGAUUUCAGAUAAGACUUUGAGUUCCUGGGGUUUUGUGAUGUUUUCUGAUAAAAAAAUAUGAAACAUUUCUUCUUUUGACAGUAUGUGGAUUUUGGAAAAGAAAAAGAAAAUCCUUUUUAGUUUGUGCA